UUCCGAACUCAUCCGGUCGGUUCCGUCGCGGUGGUGGAAACAUCUUCGCAACAUCUUGUUUGAUCUACAGUACUGCACGACGGCUUCUCGGCGACGGUAGUGUGGUCUUUAGUUUUGGGGACUUUUGGGGCGUUAGUUUUGCGCUUCGUGCAAUGAACUGCGAAUAACGUUAGUUUCGCUCGUGAAGAAUUUGGUUUUGUUUUGAAAAGUGACAUCGUGUUAGAGAUGCUUCAAGGAGUGAGACGCAUCGUCGUUUAAGAAUCACCGAACGAAAGAAAACCACUGUGCCCUAACGUCAUGACUAAUCCACUGCAGCCAACGAACGGUGCUAUCAACAAUGACCUGCUCGAACACUUCCAGAAGAUUGACGUGAAGGUGGUGGAUGAGCCAGCCGGGUUUACCGAUCACGUUUCCCGAUUUUGUAAACGCUGGCACAUCAAGAAGGUGUUAUCGCAUCUUGGUUUGCUGGUAUCGCUCGCCGUCUACUGCGGCGUCGGUGGAUAUAUAUUUCGCGAGUUCGAACGUCCGGCAGAAGUCGCGCGAAUUCAAGGACUCCGCAUACUAUUGUCCCAACAUCGGCAUACCUUCAUCAACUCCAUCGUCAACAACACAAGCGUACAAAACCUGGACCAACUGCUUGCGUUCGAGCUGAAGAAGUACGAACAGGUGGUGCAGGAUGCGGCACAGGGCGGGAUUUUGAUUGACGCCGAUCAGAACUUUCCGGUCGCGGUCGAGAAGUGGAGCGUGCUGCAGGCCGUCUUCUUUGCGUCCACCGUAAUUACGACCAUCGGAUAUGGUAACAUUGUUCCAGUCACGCUGGGUGGUAGAGUCUUCUGUAUGUUGUUCGCUCUCAUCGGCAUCCCCUUCACGUUGACCGUUAUCGCCGACUGGGGUCGACUCUUUGCGACCGCGGUGUCUACUAUAACGAAGAACUUUCCUACUCUACCUUUGGCAAGAUUUUGUCCCGAUGCUGGAAUUAAAUUGUCCGACAAGAAAUGGCUGUACGCUGUCGGUGCCGUUUGCUUCUUGGGCGUCUACCUAGCGGCAGGGACCGGUUUGCUGUUGCUGUGGGAGGAGGACUGGAACUUCUUUGAUGGAUAUUACUUUUGCUUCAUAACGAUGACUACCAUUGGAUUCGGCGAUCUGGUGCCAAGUAAACCGAACUAUAUGCUUCUGUGCACCUUGUACAUCCUGGUCGGACUAGCGCUGACCAGUACGAUCAUUGAGCUGGUUCGAAGACAGUACGCCCAAAGCUGGCAAAAGUUGCAGGCUCUUUCCGGACCACUGGCGGACACUUUAAGACGGCUGGGUGAAUCGGCCGGUACCGGCAUCGAUGUGACAGCGCUGCACAAUGAUUUACGGCGCGUGCUGACGGUGGUAUCGAUGCCGCGCCGACAUGGCAACAAGAAGGCACAAGCCAAGGAGAUGGCCGCCCUAGAAGCGAUCACGAAUGCAAUACUGCAGGACAUCAAGGAAAAGCAGGACAGCCAGGAAGGACCGCCAAAGGUGGUGCAGAUAGUUAUCUACGAGUCAUCCGUCUAAAUCUGAAGAUGGUUCAUUCAGAUGUGUUGUACCAUUCGUCGCCUAGUCUUAUUUUUCGUCUAGGCGUUUUUCUCAAGAUUUUGUUCUGUGUCUUAGUACUCUAGCCAUUCUUCCUUGUUUAAAAAGUAUGUGCACUAUGCGAUCGGUCACUAAUAAAGUGAGCACACCGCCAUAUUUUACCGAACUCGA